AUGGAUUUUGGUAACUUCAAGCCUAACAUAGGAGAUCAUCCGCCGUUUGAAAUGUGCUACGGCAACUGCAUCGGCCAAGAAUUCGAACAUUCUGUUCACAACCCCUUCGAUGUUGCUGUAUCUGGCUACAGCUAUCCUUGUACCAGCUUCCACGACUACAUUCGACCUAACAUAGCCACCUCACAGUCAUUGCCAGAUAUGUUCAAUGGCGGAUUUUCGUCCUACGCAGGUGGCAUACUGCACUAUCCGCAGGGAGCCAUGUCCAUCAACCAUCAUCAAAUGGAGAUUGCAGAUCACAUCCAUCGAUCUGUGGUUCAUAACAAAAUGUCUUUUGCUCCUCCAUGUGAGCACUCCCGUUCGGAAGCAGGCAGCAGCAGGGCAUUUGGAAGAUUGGAUAUGGGCAGCAAGUAUACUUCUGCAGGGAAAAAGCCUACUGCUGCUAAAAUUCAGAAGAACGCCGAUGUGGUCAAAGGGCAAUGGACACUCGAAGAAGACAGGCUGCUGAUAAAUUUGGUGGAGCAAUAUGGAGUGAGGAGAUGGUCUCAAAUAGCUCAGAUGUUGCCUGGAAGAAUAGGAAAGCAGUGUAGAGAAAGAUGGCACAACCAUUUGAGGCCCAACAUCAAGAAGGAUACAUGGAGCGAGGAGGAGGAUAGGAUACUGAUCCAAGCACAUACAGAAGUCGGGAACAAGUGGGCGGAGAUUGCGAAGAGGCUUCCCGGGAGGACGGAGAAUGCCAUUAAGAACCACUGGAAUGCCACUAAGCGGCGGCAAUUCACCCGGAAGAGGACCCGCAGCUCCAAAAACCCUAGAUCGUGUACCCUCCUGCAGAACUACAUCAAAAGCUUGGGCCAGAUCAGCACUAGCACACCUAAGACUGCUAAUGAAGAAGCUGCAGUACAGCAGAAGAGUACGGCCGAGAAAAGUAAGAUCAAGAUGGAGUGUCCCCCUGUGAACUGCAGUAGUAGUAGAAUGGCUGCAGCUCAUAUGCGAGUUGAUGGCCACUUAUUCGAAGACCACCUGGUUCCGACCUGUGAUGAUGCUCACGGGUUUGGCCCCGGGCAUGAUGUGUUGAUGCAUCUUAUGUUCCUCGACGGCCCCAAGGAAUUGAAUGAGAGAUAUGAUGUCGAGAUGAUGGGCCAUCAUCGCAUGUACGUCAACCAGCGACUCGAGUACUACAAGGGGGUGGAGAUGGAGAUGGAGAUGGAGAUGGAUGCGGCUCCGGUGCAGUACUGCUGGGAGGAAGACGAAGAUGACAUGGCUGCCCAGGUCCAACCUGCAAACGCAACGGUGAAGGAGGAGAUAUUCCAUGGACCUGUUGGCGGAGAUGGCCUCUCGGAGCGACAACUGCAGUAG